AUAUGUAGUUAAGGCUACAUCGAUUUAUCCAACCAAACGUUAUUCAUCGUCCAAGAAAAGCAAAAUGACUGUCAUACUGGUAUCUUUGAUUCUUGGGGCGUUUAUAGCUUUUUACUUUUACCUGACGCGAAAUUACAAGUAUUGGCAAAAACGUGGAAUUCCGUGCGUGGAUGGUGCCUUGCCCGGAUUUGGUAACAUGUUGUCGGUGAUCUUAAUGAGAACGGAUCUUUCUGACUUCUGCUGCAAGAUUUACAAUGAUAACAAGGGUCGCAGCAUGGUCGGUCUCUACGACUUCACGUCGCCAGCGUUGAUGGUCUUAGAACCCGAGUUGAUAAAAACGGUGACACAAACCAAUUUUUCAAGUUUCUCUAAAAACGCCGUUGAUGUUAAUCCUGAAGCAGACCCACUUCUUUCACAUAAUCCAUUUGUCCUUGAUGGUGAGAAGUGGGCGUACAACAGAAAACGCGUGGCUUAUGCAUUCACUCCCAUGCGAUUGAAGAUGCUGUUAGAAAGUGUUAAACAAGUGUGUAUAACAUUCGAAAAAUACAUGGACGAAAAGCUGAACAAUAAACAGACGGAAUUCGAAAUAAAGAGCUUGUUUGCCAGGUACACCGCACAGGUGGUAGCCGCCGCUGGUUUUGGCGUAGAUGGAUUCUGCUUCGAUGACGAGAAAAAGAAUAUAUCCUUCAAAAAACUUGGACAAUCCAUUUUCAAGCCGUCAUUACGAAAUUCAUUUGCGUUCGUUGUCUUCAUUCUGGCUCCAUCAUUAAGUAAAAUCUUUAAAUUAGGCUUCAUUCCAAAGCACGUUGACAAAUUCUUUAGGGAACUGGUUCCAGAACUCAUAGAGCAAAGAAGAAAAGACGGAAUACCCAGAAAUGAUUUUCUUCAUUUGAUGGUUGAACAGGAGAAAGCGGAAGGCGAUAAAUUUGACCUUGAAAUGAUCACGGCUCAUGCUAUGUCGUUCAUCAUUGACGGCUAUGAUACGUCCAGCACUGUUUUGAGCUUCGUUGGAUUUGAUUUGGCCUAUCGUCCAGAAAUACAGGAAAAAUUACGGGAAGAAGUGUUAUCCGUACUUAAGAAAUAUAACGGAGAAAUUACUUAUGAAGGCUUGAACGAAAUGACAUAUAUGGAGCAAGUAUUGAAUGAAACACUCAGAUUGUUACCCGCAGGAGUGAUGAUAAAAAAACGUUGCACGGAAGAGUGCGAACUGAAAGGAUCGGAUGGAAUUACUUGUCGCGUAGAACCCGGAACAGAGAUUUUUAUUCCAGCCCAAGGUCUGCAGAAAGAUCCUCAAUACUGGGAAAAUCCCGAAGAAUACGAUCCUGAAAGGUUUAAUUCGGAAAGGAAAAACAUCGAGAAAUUCGCGUUUCUUCCAUUUGGUGCAGGCCCUCGAAUGUGUCUCGGCAUGAGAAUGGCUCAACUACAAAUGAAGACAGUUUUGACAACAAUUUUAAGAAAAUACAAGAUGGAAUUAUCUCCAAAGACUCAAAUACCUUUAAAAAUGAUCCCUGGUAAUUUUUUACCAACACCGUACGGCGGGCUGUGGGUUUAUUUUCGAAAGCUUUAAAUGUACCUUGUUUUAAAUUUCUUUCUAAUUUUCAACGUCAUAAAUAAUUUUUUAUUGCCGA